AUAGUGACUGAUUAAACCAAUUUAGUAUAGAUGCUUAAAUAAUAAAAAUAAACAGAAUUGGCUUUUAAUUCAAGUGAAUACACAUACGUUAAUAACAAUAGACUAAAGUCUUGUAUAUACGAUAUGAAUAAAGAUCAAAUGUUUCAUCUAUGAAGGGAAGUGUAAAUUAAUUGUAUUACAUGCUAACAUCAGCCUAUACGGUCUAGUCAAUCUUAAGGUAUUGAAAGUGUUUCUUUUCGUGAGCAUUAUUGAAGAACCUGUUCUCUAGUAUUAUAAUGUUAAGUUAUAACUUUUUGAAACUUGGGAGUUACUCCACAGGCUUUCUACCUCCCGUGGGCAAUCCUAGCACUCGAUCUUCUUGGAAUCAUAGCUGGACAUCUGUACUACUUCUUAACAGUCCUUCACCCUCUCGCCACCGGAAAGAACUACCUGAAAACCCCUAAAUGGGUGUAUCCUUGAUUCAAUUUUAUGACUUGUUCCAAAUUGUUUCUUUGAGUUUUGGUAGUUUUUUUUUUGUGAUCCCUUGACUGUCUCAAUAGUAAUAAACUGGUAGCAAGGUGGCGAACAGGAGCUCUAGUGGCAGCUCGAGAAGCAAGUGGUGUAGGAGCUGCAGUAGGAGGAGGAGGAGGAGGAGGAGGAGGAGGAGGAGGAGGAGACAGAGCUUAUUCAAGUGCUCGUGCCCCACCAGAGAGCUUAAACAUUGCAUUCAGAGGUCGAUCAUAUCGUCUCACCGACUGAAAUAUAAACCCUCUCGUGUUUCUUGGUUUUCAAUCGGCUUAAUCAUCCCAAAUCUUUGAAAAAAGCAAUUCCACUAACAAAUAGGAGGUAGCUUUGUGUGUUAUGAGCGGUACACUUUUAAAUAUGAGCAAUCCAUUGAGAGGCUUUUGAUUCAAUGUUGUAUUCAAAUGCUGAGUGCCCUUAUAAAUGAUCUCUACGAGAAACUUGGUCGUCAAGCAACAUUUUAACCUAAUUAAAUUAAAUUAAAUUUCAGUGAUUAAUAAUGGAUAUCGAGUGAACCAGAUGAAAUUUCAUGACACAACAGACGAGUCUGGUCGGACAAGAUAUGACUUGUUAUUAACUGACCAAAAAUAUAAAAAUAAAAACAUAAUUGAUUACGAGUAAUCAUUUAUUCCCGCGAAAAUUUCGUUGGUGAUCGUUAUUAAUGAUGAAGCUAUAACAAAGGCGAGACGUAAGCAAAAAAAAGACUAAUGAAAUUAUAUUUUUGAAAAAGUAGGGCUGAGAAUUAGUCUAUGUUAUCGAACGGUUGAGAAUCAUUCUUUGCCGCAUAGUUUUCCGCUUCCCCUAUUUAUCUAGAGGACGACGUCCCAACGCUGCUCAUAACAUAUAACGUAGAGAAAAGAAAAGAAGAAGAUAGGAAAAGAUGUCGUGGCAAACUUACGUUGAUGAGCAUUUGAUGUGUGAUGUUAGAGAUGGUCAGGGUCAUCACCUAACCGCUGCAGCAAUCGUUGGUCAUGACGGUAGCGUUUGGGCCCAGAGCGCCAACUUCCCUCAGUUCAAGGCACAAGAGUUCACUGGUAUAAUGAAGGAUUUUGAUGAACCGGGUCACUUAGCCCCCACAGGGUUAUUUCUAGCAGGGGCCAAGUACAUGGUGAUCCAAGGUGAGCCUGGUGCUGUAAUCCGUGGCAAGAAGGGAGCAGGAGGCAUAACCAUAAAGAAAACAGGACAAUCAUGUGUGUUUGGGAUCUAUGAAGAGCCCGUGACACCAGGACAGUGCAACAUGGUCGUCGAGAGGCUGGGUGAUUACCUCCUCGAACAAGAUCUCUAAGCCACCACCUCAUCAAACUAAUAUAUAGGAUCUGGUUUUUGGUUUCUGGAUUCUCUCUAAGAAGCUGAAGCCUUAAUCAAUGUCUGAUUCUUAAAAAAUGGUUUUCUUGGUUUCAUACAUUUCAUUUUGUUUUUUUUCUUGCUUAACAUAUUUAAUUAAUUUUCUAUUGCUUUUUAACCAAUUGCAUUUUUC